GUCCUCUUGCCCCUCGGGGACUCCAAAGGUGCAGCGCUUACGACAAGACGACGGGGUGCUGGAGAAGCAACCUGGAAAUGCCAAUGGGCACAGACAAAAAGAAGUCCAAGAAAAGCCUACUUGCUUUCUCUAGCUGAAGUACUAGGGAAAAGGCAAUCAAGCAAGAUGAAAACCUUCAGAUAAUUCCUUUCUCGAGCCAAACACUGUGGAAAACUCAUGGUCCCACCUCCAACCCUACAGGGAGGUGGAGACCCUAGGCUUCCAGCCUUGUCCAGCUGGAAUGAAGUCCCGUUCUCCAUUCUUCGCCCCUGGCCAUAAGCUUCUUCAUUUCUUCAUCCCUUGCCAGGGUGGUAUCAGAGAAGACAGAGUGGGGAGCUGGGGCUUUCUUUCCUGCCCAGAGGUCGUGAACUCCCCAUCCAGAGAUGAUAAGACGCCCCUCUCCCUCCCUGUCAAAGUGUCAGAGGAGGCCACCUGGGGAGUCUGAAACCCCACACCCAUCCUGCAAUGGGGUGUAACCUCUCCCCACUAGCCUGGGUUGGCAAAGGAGGCUGAGUGGAGAAGCUGAACCUUCACUCCUGACUGGCAUUCGUGAGGUGAUGCUCCUUACCCACAGCUAGCAUGAUAUCAGAGGAAUCCUGCUAAAACAGAAAAUUUAAAUAAGAUCUAGAGUCUCAAAACACCCAAUAUGUCCGGCAAUCGGGAUCACAAAUCAUCCCAAGAACCAGGAAAUUCUCAUCUUAAAUUUAACAAGACACCAGAUGCCAAUACCAAGAUGAUGCAGGUAUGGGAAUUACCUGACAAGGAUUUUAAAGAAUCAUAAAAAUGCUUCAGCAAACAAUUAUGAAUGCACUGGAAACAGAUUUUCUUAAAAAAUAGAAUAUCUCAGUGAAAUAACUGAAGAUAUAAAGAAGAACCACAUGGCAAUUUAAGAACUGAAAAAUAUAAUUACCAAAAUCUUAAACUCAAUGGAUAUGCCCAUCAGCAGAAUGGAAGGGACAGAAGAAAAGAAUCAAUGAACCUGAAGACCAAACAAUAUAAAUGACCCAAGUUGAAAAAGAGUCAUUUGGAUAAAUACAGUAGACUUUUUUUCUCCUCUUGUGUUUUCUAAAUUGUUUGACAAUCAAACCAAAAAGUAUAACAUUGUUCAUUUCAAUGUGUAUAGAAGAAAUACUUAAUAAAAUUAUAUUAUAAUGGAGGAAGUAAAGGGACUUAAAAGGAGGUGACUUUUCUACACUUGUCUCCAACUGACAGACUGUGAACACCGAUAGCUCUCCAUUCUGUAGCUUGAUUUCAGCGGUGAUCACUAGAAUCCACCCAUAUGAUGAAAUGCCAUGUAACUGUAUGCGCACAUUGGUUUCAAUGUCCUUUCACUGGUUUCAAUUUUGUACUAUAAUUACACAAGAUUAGCCACUGGGGGACACUGGAUGAAGGAUCCAUGGAACCUCCCUGUAUUAUCUUUGUAACUUCCUAUAUAUUUAAAAUAAUUUCAAAAUGCAAAGUAAAAAAAAUAAGCAAAUAAAAUAGGAUUGAAGGGGCAAUUUCACAGGCAAUUGGGGAACUCCCUUUUCAAUCUGGAGCCCGGAUGUGAAGGGAGGUGGUGCCCAGAAGGUGGCGGCUUCUGGACUAGAAACUUCAGUUCAGACCCUGGCCUCAUCCUCCCGUGACUUCACAAAGCCUCAGGAGCCCCGCCUACCACUAGGAAGUUUUGCCAGUUGAACCAUUGUUUCAGGACUGUGUUUGCAUUGGAAGCAGUUGUUCAAUCUUCCUGAGCAAAGUGCUCUGCCUGCUCAGUUACACCCAAAGGAAGAUGGCCCCAUGUGAGCAACAGGAUCCGUAGACGUGUGGCCGCGGCUUCACACCCAUUCCUAGGCUGUCACAAAGGACAAGACCAAUCCUCGUGGCUUUCGUGGUUGUGCGAGCAGUCGGCUUCUGCCACGUAUCUCAGCUCUUUGAGAAACCUAUGUCUUCCCCACAACUUCCAGCCUUCUUAUGGGACAAGGGUGCACUCAGCGUUGCCUUACCUGCUCCUGCUCACCUAGUGAAAGCUCUCUUCUUCUUUGCGCUCCUGAUGGCUCUCGUCACGCUCCUCAUCCUGGUCUGGACAGUAGCCAAAGUCAAAAGCAACAAGAGCAGAGAAUCAGUCCAAAGCAAGGAGGCAACACCUCUGGCAUGAAGAUCUGCAUUCUUGGUGGAGAUGCCCCUGCAGGGAAGAUCUGGAGGCCCCAGAGGCAGGGCCAUCUUGGAGCUGACUUGGAGGGAGAGCCUGGGGAGGAAGACCUGCUUCAGCCACCCAGUCCCCCAGUGCCAGCUGUUCCCCGCCACCAGGCCUCCUUUCCCUCCUCUGCCACCGCCUCCGAUAGAAUUCUCACUCACCCUGCUGCUCUUUGGCUGGUCCAGGCUUCUGAGUUUAAAUGUCUUCUCUCUCUGGAUCUUCCACACUGAAAUUAUAAAUGGUUCUUGAUUUCUGUGUUAACAGAAGAAAGGAAUAAAUACAAGGAGAAUUAAAAAUUGAUGACAAAGCCCAAAUUUCCCUUUUUAAAUUGGGUAUAUGUUGGCUCUGGGAUAUCAAAAUUAUUGGGCGCUCACAGCAUCUCAGACUACGCAAUGAAACUACACUGGAAGCUCAGUUCCAGAAGAUCCUUGAAAUGGAACAGCUCACCUACCCUGAAUUCUAGGUAAAAUUCUCCCUCCUCUUCACCUAAUUCUAGGAAUAGAGUAUUUCUUCUCAAAAAAAAUUUUUUUGCCGCACCAACUACUUUUCUCUCUUCUUCCCCAUCAUCCAACUUUGUGGGUUGGCAAAUUUUUUUAAUAUUGUAUUCUUGUCUGAUUAUUAACAUCUUUUCUG